GAAUAAAAGUAUGGAGACUGAGUCCAAGUAAGAGCAAACCGUAGAUGGAUAAAGAGUGACUCUAUCAAAGGACACGAGAACAAAGAAGUUUCAGCCAGCGUCGCCAAGUGAUCGCCUUGACGCUUGGAGAACAAGAAGCUCUGAACCGCUGUAGAUGAUGGAGUGGUAUGUUUUGAUGUUGAUGCUGAGCUUGCCAAGCUUGAGUCAGGCUGAUUGUUCAGCGCAAUGCAUGAGAUGCGCGCAACAGAUCUCCGACCUGGACUCUGCAGUGAACCGCUUGACCUGCACUUUAGCAUGUGACGGCGCCGUUCCAUCUACCAGUACAUUAGACAGAUGUGAGAAAGCUUUACAGGAGCUUUCAGAUGAAUUCGCGGAGCUCAAGCCCGACGCCGACGGAGAACGCAGCGCGUUAAACGCGGAGGAUCUCCAAGAGAAGGCGUCCAGCCUGGUCAAACGAUACGGGGGCUUCAUCAAGAGGAUCGAUAAGAAUAAACAUAAGUUUUUCUCCUCACCCUGGAAGGAGAACGCCAUUCUGAAAGGACUGUUCGCGAAGAAAUACGGAGAGUCGCUCUCGAAACUGGGCGAGCGAGACGUCCCGUCCAUCACGGAAGACGACGAGGGCGAAGACGUGACUGCGGAGAACGAAACGGGAGUUUACGACGACGACGUUCCUUUAAACGAAGCCAAACGCUACGGCGGGUUUCUCCGCAAAUUCGGGCCAAAAAGAAGCAACUUUGUGGAUAACACCAGCCCGCAGGUGUUGCAGAAGAGAUACGGCGGGUUCAUGCGAAGAAUUCGCCCGAAGUUGAGGUGGGACAACCAAAAGCGAUAUGGAGGGUUUUUACGGCGUCAUUUUAAAAUCUCCGUGCGCUCUGACGAAGAGCCCUCAUCGUACGAGGACUAUGCUUUAUAGGUUAUUGUAUCAUAGAUAACCCAACCAGAACUCAUUAAGCCAACGCAUUUCAGUUCCCCCACAAACGUGACUCUGGAGCACAAAACCAGUCAUGAGUAGCACGGGUAUAUUUAUAGCAAUAGCCAAAACCCUACACUGUAUGGGUCAAAGUUAUAGAUUUUUAUUUUACGCAAAAAACCAUUAGGAAAUGAAGUAAAGAUCAUGCUCCAUUAAGAUAUUUAGUGAAUUUCCAAAACUUAAUUUUUGAUUAGUAAUAGCCUAUGCAUUGCUGAGAACUUAAUUUGGACAACUUUAAAAGCGAUUUUCUCAAUAUUUUGAUUUGUUUUUUCUUCCAACCUCAGAUUCGAUAUUCAAAUAGUUGUAUCUCGGUCAAAUAUUGUGCUUUCCUAACACACCAUACAUCAAUGGAAAGUUUAUUUAUUCAGCUUUCAGAUUAUAUAUAAAUCUGAGUUUUGAAAAAAAUUGACCCUUAUGGCUGGUUUUGUGGUUCAGGGUCACAAAUGUCAUGACCUUACACGUGUUGAGGGUGUUUUACUAGCCCAAAUGACUGCUGACCUCUGGAAGCCAUCAAUCACCAGUCAACCUGUCAAUCAUGCGCUCGGGACGUUUCAGUGACUGACCACUUGUUGUUUCCAUUAACUUUACCCCCAUGUAAGCAAUCAGUACAUCCUUCAGAUAAUGCUUGUUUAAGAUGACCAAUAAAGGGCAAGAACCUUACCUGCUAAAAUUGUUCUGUAAAUGUUUUUUGUGAUUAAUUUUUCCAAGCCAUAUUCCUGUUCAUUACGAUUGUUAAAUUAAAAAGGAAAUGCUACUUCA